GGAUUUCAUAGAGAAGUUAAAGAGUGGACGCGAUGAAAUUGCUCUUGACAUGGAUGAAAUUGAAAAGCUGACAUUGGAGCUGACAUAUAUGUCCGUUUUUUUCCAGCUUCGUUAUUUCGCUCCGUAUAGUUUUGAUGCCGAAAUGUCUUGCAGAUUAUAUGAGUUUCAUGAUCUGGUUCGGUUACUUUUUCAUCAGAGUGGAGAUGACAUGCUGGUUAAAUUAAAGUAUCAUGUCGUUCCUUGCCUCCUGGAAAGUAUAGAAAGUUGUAUCAGCUCACAUCACCGUUCUGAAUCAAGUGCCAUCAUGACUGAGGAUCAGUUGGUUGAGCUUUUGGACGUCCUCCUCGUGAAUCUCCAAUACCUACCCAAGUGUUGUGCUGAGUUGGUUUUCCCAUUAAUGACUCAAUAUGAGCUUCUUCAAAAUGUAUGUGGCAAUUUAAGAGAUUUCCAUGGGCUGAAAGUAAAUGGUUGCGUUGACCAUGAGACAACUAAAUAUGUUUUACCUCAGUUUCAGCUUAUGGCUGAGAGAGUAGGACACUUCUGUUUUGUCCUUUUGUAUUAUGAACUUGAGAAAAUAGAUGAAGCAAAUGGACUUGAUGAAACAUAUGAAAUAGGUGAAGUCCCUCGAGUCAAUUCCAUGCUAGCUCAUCUACUUAUGGAGAUUAUUCCGGUUCAACUGGAGGUUAUGCACAUAUGUUCGACAAAUUUGAAAGCUUCAAAAUCAGCAGAAGUUGGAAGCUUUAUUAAGCGGCUCUUGGAAGUCUCUCCAGACAUUCUCAGGGAAUAUCUAACUCAUCUACGAGAUGUUAUUACUUCUCGAAACAUUCAUGUCAUGAUAGAGUUCCUAUUGAUUAUUCUUACUGAUAUUUCCAAGGACUUUAUCCAUCAUGACAAAUUGUUUGUUCUCUUGGCACGUGUUGGAGCACAUACAAGGGAGGUGUCCAUUCUUGUUCGCAACUUAGAGAACUCAAAGAAUGAACAAAAUAUGGAUAUGAAUGAAAAGAUUGGACUUCUGAAGGAAGAUCUCAAACAUGUUUACUUGAAAGCCCCAGAUCCAUUUGAACUCCACUUCCCCAUGAGUGAUGGACCACUCUUCAUGACUCUUCUGCUCAGAAACUUAAAGGACUUGCUCAAUUCCAAUGCUUAUUCAGUUGCUUUGAUUAAGGAAGAAAUUGAGACGGUGAAAAAAGACCUAGAAUCCAUAAGAUCGUUCUUCAGAAAUGUUGAGCAAGAAUUGAAUAGAGAUCUUUGGACUUGUGUUCUAGAUGUGGCAUAUGAGGUUGAGCAUGCCAUUAAUUCGAUUCUUGUCAGAGAUCAUGGUCUCAUGCAGCUUAUCUUCUUACUUCCUGCUACCGUAGAAAAGAUCAAGCAUAUGAAAGAAGAGGUACCAAAGAAGAUCUCCAAGAACAAGGGUCUUAUCGUUGCAAACUCUCCUAACGAGCCAGUUGAAAGCAAGUCAUCAACAAAGCUAAUUAGGCAAAUAUAUGUCGGUUUUAAGGAGGAGACAGAACUGAUAAUUAGACAGCUUACUAGUGAACCACCAGCGCUAGAUGUCAUUUCGAUCAUUGGUAUGCCGGGUUCUGGUAAAACUACUCUAGCAGACAAAGUAUACUAUGAUAAGUCUGUUACUAGUCAUUUCGACAUUCGUGCAUGGUGCACAGUCGGCCAAGAGUAUGACUGGAAAAAGAUGUUGCAUAAAAUUUAUAAUCAAGUGACUGGUUCGGAUGCAAAAUUCCGUGAGGAUUUUAAUGUUUGUGAUGAGCUUCGAAAAAAGCUACAUGGAAGGAGGUACCUUAUUGUCUUGGAUGACUUGUGGGAUACAAUAGCAUGGGAUGAGCUAACAAUGCCUUUUCAUGAUCUCAAGAAAGGAAGUAGAAUUAUCUUAACAAGUCGAAAAAGGGAAGUGGCUUUGCAUGCAAAACACAGCAGUAAUCCUCUUGAUCUUCGAUUGCUAGAACCAGGAGAAAGUUGGGAGUUAUUAGAGAAAAGGGUAUUCGGAGAAGAAAGCUGCCCUGAUGAACUAAAGUCUCUCGGAAAAGAAAUAUCUGAAAAGUGUAAAGGGCUUCCUUUGGUACUUGAUCUGAUUGGUGGAGUCAUUGCAAGGAAGGAAAAGGAAAAGGUUUGGUGGCUUGACGUUCUACAUAAUUUGAAAUCCUUUAAGAAUGAGGGAGAAGUGAUGAAGGUUAUACAUUUAAGUUACGACCAUUUAUCAGAUCACUUAAAGCCUUGCUUGCUUUACCUUGCAAGCUAUCCUAAGGAUAAAGAUAUUGCAAUCACUAGUUUGAACAUUUUAUGGAGUGCUGAAGGACUUGUGCAACAGACUGAAAUGAAGAGUGUAGAAGAGGUAGUGAAGUCUUAUUUGGAUGAGUUAGCUUCCAGUAGCUUGGUAAAAGUUUUCAAUAAGAAAGGUAGCAGGGACCUGAGUUGCCAAAUUCAUGAUCUUGUGCAUGAUUUUUGUUUGAUAAAAGCUAGAAAUGAGAAGCUGUUUAGUUCAAGUGCUCCAUCUUCUUCUUCAGGUCUUAUGCCACGUGGAAUGAACAUUAGUUACGAACAACAUCUCCUCCAUUCGGAUGAAAAUUUUGUCAUGUUCAAUUCAGAGAAAAAUCCUUAUGUUAAGCACCUUCUGUCUUUGAAGAUUUAUGAUGUAACAUAUGGAAAGCAAAACCAUCUGUCCUACAACUUUCACCUAAGACACUUGGGGCUGCUUAAAAGAUUGGAGCUUCCGGAUGUAAGUUUGACAGAUUCUUUGCUGAAUGAGAUAGGCAUGCUUGUUCAUUUGAGGUGCUUGAUCAUUCAGAUGAAGGCAAAAGCUCUCCCCCCAUCAUUUUCAAACCUCCGGAAUCUAGAAACUCUGGUGGUGCAAAAUUCAGAAUCAAACCGCGUGGUACUGUCACCUAGAAUUUGGAGUCUUGUAAAGCUAAGACAUGUGAGAAUGGAUAGUUGUUCUCUCUUUGAGCCAUACACCGAACCAAAAGUGUUAGAAGAGGACUCGAAGUUAGAGAAUUUGAGAAUAUUAUAUGGGCUCAACUUCUUCUGUUCGGGAGACACCAAAGAUAUUUUUAAAAGGUUUCCCAAUCUGCAAAGCCUUACAUUCAGCAUUAGGGCAUGGCCUUGUUCAGCAGAGCAGAUUCGUUUUCCAAGAUUGGAUAUGCUUAAUGAACUUGAAGAAGUUCGUGCAUUCUUCUAUUGCGCUUCCGAAUCUUCAAAGCCUUACAUUCAGCAUCGAUUUGAUUUUCACUUCCCUUCGAGCUUGAAAACUCUGGAGUUGAAGGGGUUUGAUCUGACAUCCGAUUCACUGUCAACAAUUGCGAGGCUAACCAACCUUCAAAACCUGAGUCUACAAAGCGCAAGAAUCCAGGGGAACAUGGAAGAAGUCACCUUCAAUAAACUCAAAUUUCUAAGAUUGUAUGAGGUGUCUUUCUUUGAAUGGCAGGUUGUAGAGGAAUCCUUUCCCGUGCUCGAGGUACUACAUAUACAUUGGUGUCCUGAGAUUAUGCAGAUCCCGGCGAGUUUUGGGGAUAUUGCUUCAUUAAAGUCUAUCUCACUGUUCGGUAGCCGUCACCUCAAAGAGUCAGCCGUAAAGAUUAAGGAAUAUGUUAAAUACUGGACAGAAGAAGACAAGCUUGAGGUAAUGGACUGCUAGUGAAUUCGUGCACAAAAUGGGGUCAUCUUAGGUUCUUAUAUGAGCAAAUCUCUAGUGUAUGUUGGCAUGCGAUUUACUUUGUCCAGCACAUCAAGCUGUAGAGGCUUCAGACAUUUAUGCCUUCUCCACCUGUUUCAGGUUCUAAGCAACACUGAGAAUCUAGCAACAGAGAAAACCAAGCAGCAAAUGAUGGAAUUCAAGAAUCUCAUAUCCUGUAUACACAGGAAACUAAGAUCCUUUCUACUUCUCGCUGUGCAAUUCCUUGAGGCUUUAACUCUGUAUCAUCACAGCUGUAUCAGCAGCUGUUGUGAAAUAUUAUAUUAUAUGUAUGCCCUUUCUUGUGCAUUCAGCAAAAAGGAAUUACAUGGAAAUAUCCAGCAAUUGCAUACCAUUUGUUGCUUUUAUAUACUUCUAAAGGAAAAUGUAGUGGAAGAGGAAUGUGAAACUUUCUAAACAGUUACUACAUCACUUUCCUGUUAGAAUGGUCAAGAAAACUUUGGCAUUACCUUGCAUGCGAAGUAAGCUAAAAGAGAAAA